AUGAUCGGUAGUGGCUUGAUGUCAUGGCUGAGGCCCUCCGAGGCCGUGCCUGAAAGCAAAUGGGACCCCGAGACCCUGACGAUGGAGCAGCCUGCUAGCCCAUCCGGUCCCUCCCUGGAGCACAUUGUUACUGAGCAACCGCGCACUGGAGAGUCCAUGCAGCUGCAGAUCCGCGGUGGUGUUGUGCUGGUGUCUGCUGCUUUGAAUGCUGCGAAUGCUGCUGCGAUUGUUGCGGCGACGACGAGCCCGAUGGUCCUCCCCCUCCUCCCGGCCCGCCCGGACCUCCAUGAGUGA